GAAAGUAGGUCAAGUGUGACUUACCUGCGCAGGUAGGACAAGAAGCCUCGCUCUCACCUGUCACCGCCAUAGCCUCGUUCAUAACAUGGCGCCUGUCAGAUGGAAGGUGACAGUGGCAUUAGUGCUACUAUCUGCCGUGCUGGCAUCUGCUCAGCAAGCAUGCAUCAUCCCAACUGACUAUAAGGGUGAUUGGUACUGGAUGAGCAACGACGGUAGUGAUGCAGUGAGCAAUGUUAACAAUCAGCAGUUUGCAGACAUGCGCUGUGUAGAAAUAAAGAUUCAUUACAACAACGCCAGUAACGUGGAAGGAGUCAACUCAACCAUGCUCAUGCAAAAAAUAGGAGGUUCCACAUGCUUUAUAUGCCUUGACGUUUUGUACAGAACUAAGAAUAUUCUUCAGGUUAGAAAAAGUGACUGCUUCACUUCAAACAGUGGGUUCCAGAAUAUGUGCCCUGGCUACCAAAGUCUGCCUACUGUUGACCAGUUGAUUACUUAUUUUCGCCAAGACCCCCAGCCAGUAAACUGUAUCACAACAUUUGAAGGUGUUUAUCAGUUCACUUAUGAAGUCAGUUGGGGUGGAGGUGGCAUUUGUGACAAUCAAGAUUCUCAGAUCAAAGCCUGCCAGGAUCCAGGGUCCGCCUACGUCGAUAAUGAAGUCUUCUACAUGACCUACUCCAGAUGUCCCGAAGUGCAGACUUCUUACUCGCAGACCAUUCGAUACCAGUGCAUGGGGAGCUGGUUUGCGAUGGUGAGUGGUACAGGCUAUACCUUUGCAGCCAUUGCUGAUACAGUACAGAAAGACAGGAGAGAAAAAUUCAAGUGUCUGAUGACACUGAAGAAUCAAAAGUCAGCUGACAACACCAUUCGUUGGGUCAUGUCACGUUUUGCCGAGUGUGGUGCACUGAACAGCUUGUACAAUGGUCCUGUUCGUCUUGUCCUGAGACGAAUCCCACCACAGACCCCAUACAUGAACCCACAGUGUAACCUUCCACGCAAUAUCUCUGGAGAGUGGUACACACAGGGAAUCCAGUUCAAGUCUCAGGUGGUCAUCAAUGACACUCACGUCAAGUACUUCACUAACAAAAACGAGUUUGAGUAUGAAGAAACAUACCUGUCCUGUCAACAGAUGUUAGGUACUCGCUACCUCAUGACAAAGGUUAUUGUUGGGAAGUGUGAAGUGGACUUUGUUUGCUAUGAUAUCGUGCCACGCCAUCAUGGGAUUGUACGAUACAGAGUGGGCAAACCAUCACGUUUGACACAAGAUGAGCUGGCUCAAGACAACUUCAUGACGGCAAAGUUUCGGGAAACAUGCAGUUGGAUGUCAUUUACUUUCAAUCGUGAUGACUUUGAUUGGAAGUAUGAAGUUCUUAUCUUGGACCCUCCUUCCCCCGUCAUUUGCCCAGUAGCUGGACGAUACACAUUCGAUCAGAAUGUACAGGGCGAGUGGGAAAGAUAUUCAACACGUAUUCGAGGUGUAACGGAUAGGCCUCGUAAUAAGGUCGACUGUCGCUUGACAAUAUCUGAGCUGAAGUCCUGCAGUCAAGAUCGCUCACGUAUUGAAAUUGAUGCUGAGUACUGUGAGUCUGUAGACUACCGUGGACGACCCAUUGGAGAGUAUGAUGAGCCAGACCAUUAUUUGACUUGUGUGGGCUACUGGAUGGAAGACAUGAAAUCAUACCUUGUCACUUAUGAUGAAGAAGAUGCCGUCUCAAAGUUCCGCUGCUGGGUAUAUGAGCGUAUCAGCUGGACAGAGCUUAGUCUAUCACGGUCCCAGACAGCUCGUUGUCAACGCAAUCAAAAGGCUGUUUCGUAUCUGAUGGAGGGCACUGGACUUCAGAUGGUCCUGCAUGAGAAUGAGAGACUUUUUGAUGACUGUCCCCAGCGAUUUGACCCUGGCAUUGACCCCUACAGCAAGCCAACUGUAAUCUACGUACUGAGCUCUGCCCCCUUCCAUCUUCCUAUUGGUUUGUUGAAUGCUGUGCUGUGCAUUCUAGUGUCUCUGUUUUUGAGAUUGUAAUUCUCAUGGAUGUAUUGUUUCAUGGACUGCAGAAGUUAUGGCUGUAGUGUCAAACAGGGGACCAACAUUUAAGAACCAGAUACAUAUCUGCUUGUAGGAUGUUAAUUUUUGAGGCUUGCAGGAUGACAGCUUUGAAUCUCACCUUGAUUCAGGGUGUGGUUAUUUUUUUUGUUUUGUUUUGUUUUUAAUUUCACCAAUGAGAAUCAGAAGUAUGAAGGAUGUGUUAAAGACAUCUAGUUAGCCACAUCAGUUAUUGUGCCUCUUGCUGAUGUUUUCAGUGUAAACAGCUGGAAAGAAGGGCUGUAAAAGUCCAUCCAGCGUAGCAUCUACUCAGUGUAAAUACAAUGAUGUUCAUUUGUCUGUAUAUGAAUGCUUAUGUGGAUGCAUUUGGUUUAUAAAAUGUGUGUGUGUGCCCGCGCGCAUGUGAGCAGAAUGCACACAGUGUAAGAGACUAGUGUAGUCAAGAUGCUGUGCUAUUUUUGUCACGUUUUGUUGUAGGUUUUUUUACAUUACUCUUCUAAUAAUUUUUGGUAUCAUUGUAAGAUUGCCUCUUUAACUGAAAGAGGAGAGGCUGAAUUUUAUUUUUAGACUAACAAAUGACUGAUUUAUCAAAACAUAUCACUUUGUAAAUAUUGUUAAUAUUUCCAUUAUUAUAAUGCUAUGUUUUAUAGAGUUUAUAUGUGAAAUAAGCAAAGUCCAUUUGGAUAUCACUCCUUACUCUGUAACUCCUGGAAGAUUUUGUGCCAACUUGCUAAACAGCAUUGUCAGAUUUAAAAAAGAACAGAGAUUUGUGUGUACACAUGCAUGUAUAUUUUGGCAAGAGAGAGGCUGCCUAAAAAACUUUGACAGUCCGCACAAAUGUAUGAAGAUCGCAAUAUUAAUACCAUGCCUUAAGUUGGUCACAACAUCGUCGUCCUCUGAAUCUUCUUGUACAUGUUAUCAUCAGAUCUUUUAAAAUAACAUUAAAAUAGAUGCUUUCUGGGUUUUAUUCUUUAUUGAGGUCUGCUGAACAUUAGGUCUCUCCAGUUUUAGAUCUUGCUUGACAUCUCUGUCCAUAAACACUUUCAGAACCGAUAAUUGGCUAGAUAUGGUUGUCCAUGGUUACCGCAAAGCGGUUGGUUGCAUUUUCUGGUUUUGGCAAUGACCUGCGUAGACACCCAUAACCUUUUCAGCUCAUCUAUACAUCAUGAAGUCUUCAAUUGGUAGGGUUCAUGAUAUCCCUUAUGAAUUCACCGUGCAUUCCAGACUGCAGUAAAAGACAUUUAUCAAGGUUACCCGUUCAGGAGAUUUUAGCUCAAAUCAGGAAUGAGCUACUGUUGUUGGCAAGUCUGUUAUAUACUGUGGCAUGUGUUCACAAUGAUGCCCUUGUGCUGCGGCAUACAUUGUUUAAAGGCAUCUUGCACAGAUGGACUUGUUCUUAAUAAUAAUAGGAUUUGUAUCGUGCAUUUUCCCACACAGAGGCGAGCUCAAUGCGAUUCACAAGAGACCAGGGGCAGUAGUCGAGUAGUCGACAACAAACAGGAUCUGGUUAGCAAUGCAAAAGUAUGGAGGAGAAAGAACAUCACAUAAAUCUCUGGACUGCCCGUAGUUUGCCAAGACCAUCGCAUAUCCUCUUGCAAAGUUGUAGGCUAUGCGGUCUUGGCAAGCUAUUUGACAGUUAAUAUCUAGGAACAACACAAAACUUGUACAGUUUUUUUAGGACUUGAUCUUAGUGUCAUUUCUGAUAAUAAUGGUGUUGUAGCAGUGCAGAACUGUUCACCUAACCACCAAAACCCUGUGUCUUGUCAUAUCAGGGUUAUGUUCAAAGUGUCUUUGCAAACAUAUCAGCUGAAUCUUUUGUAGAUUCCAGCCUUUUUUAAGACCAGUGAUAAUUCUUAGAACUGCAAUGUUCAUUUUUUUAGAUCUGGCAUCAUCCUAUCAUUCCACAUAUUGUGAUAUCAUUCCUUUCUAUGAUCAAAUUUGACCAGUGUUCCACAAAUUUAUGCAAAUUCUUUUUAUAUAGAUUGGAAGGCCCUCAGCCAUGUAAGAUGUUCAAUUGUCCAGUGAAACAUGACUUACUGAUCCUGAACAAAUGGCUUUGCAGCUUGUGGUUCUUACCAUGCACACACACAUAGCAUAUAUAUAUCAGUGGUGUAGGAACAAUGGGGCACCCUUCCCCUCAAGAAAGAUACUGAGGGACAAGAAUGUGAACAUCGUUCACUAUCAUCAUGGAGUUUGCCCCCAAAACCGACAUCUGCAUACACCACUGCAUAUAUAUACACACGUUCCUAUCAUGCAUAUAGGAACACACACACCAUUGACAUUGAUUUGUCCACAUGUGUAUAUGAUGAAAUGCUGAAUCAAUGUGGCUGAAGAGUUGUGAGGCCAAGCUCAGAUUUGAGUGUUGAAACCGAUCAUUCCUGGAUACAGAUUUGAACUCGCCCUUAAUGAAACUUGUAUUAUAUGCUGUUAUCCAUACUUGAGGUUUCACCACUUGACUUAAAAAUUCUAUAUGCUGGAAUUUGUACCCCCUGCUCAUGUGUGUGGAGGUAAAACUUGUUCAUGUAUACAGUUAUAGAAAAAUAAAAUUUUAUAUUCCAAAUAA